AUGACGGUCAUCACUCCCUUGUACUCGAUGGUCAACCGUCUGGGUCAAUUGGCUCUGCAGGACGGCUCCGACCCGUCUCCCAAGGCCCACUUCGAACUGCUUCGUAUGAUCGACCAGUUAAGGUUGGCCGUGGAAACUCCGACGGAAACCGUGCUGCGUCUGAUCUACCAGCCUCCGCAGAAUGCGGCGCUUCGCGCGGUCGUGGACCUGAAAAUCUUUCCUCUCCUGGUCGAGAAGCAGGCCAGAGAGGGUCUCUCUGCCGCGCAACUUGCCGAAUUCACCGGUGCCGAGAAUGACCUGAUCGUUCGGUUAAUGCGCGUCAUGGUGUCUCUGGGUCUUUGCACCACCCCGACCGCCGAAGUGUACCGAGCCAACGACAAAACAGUAGCUUUGACUCAGCCCAUUGGCAGGGAUGGAGUGCCGUGCAUAUACGAUCUCACGGUCCCAACCCUGAGUAAACUGCCCGAGUAUCUGCGAGUCCACGAGUACACCAAUCCUCAGGAGUAUGCCCGCUCCCCGAUGCAAUGGGCAGUGGGCCAGAGCCAGUUCGAGUGGUUGGCCAAUAACAAGAAGCAUCAAACCCUGUUCAACUCGUACAUGGCGAGUCGCCGACAGGGACGGCCGAUGUGGUUCGACGUGUACCCCGUGGAGCGGCUGAUGGGACCCGCCGUGCCUUACGAGGACACGGUCUUUCUAGUGGACAUCGGAGGCAAUCAGGGACACGAUCUGAGCCGAUUCCGGCAAAAGUACAGUCAUCUCCCCGGGAAGCUGGUUCUGCAGGAUUUGCCAAAGGUGGUUGAUGGAGUAUCCGGCCUGGAGGGGAUUGAUGUGAUGGGAUACAGCUUCAUGGAUCCCCAGCCCGUCAAAGGCGCUCGAGCGUAUUACUUCCGCGCCAUCUUCCACGACUGGCCCGACCACAUUUGCCAGCAGAUCCUGCGCAACACCAUCUCGGCGAUGGCGCCCAAUUACUCCCGGAUCCUGAUCGUGGACUUUGUCCUGCCAGAUACCGAGACUCCUCUCAUGCAAGCUUCCCUGGAUAUUCAGAUGAUGAGCAUCGGGGCUGGAGUCGAGCGCUCGGAACGCCAGUGGCGAGAUCUACUGCACAGCGUCGGCUUGGAAAUUUCAGGGAUCUGGAGCCAAAGUCCGGGAAUGGAAUCGGUGAUUGAAGCAGUUCCUCUGGAGAGUACAUGA